GUGCAGGCCAGUACCCGGAUGCGGUGUAUAAAAGCCAGCUCAGGCCUACAACCAUUCUUUUCUAUCGGACCUGUGAGGACUGUGUGUACUACUUCCUGACUCACCGCUGUUCGCUACGAAAUCUGACGAAUAAGUCGGUCAGGAAAUCUUAAAUAUGGCUUAUAAGGAUACUGGCAAGGCUCCCGUGGAGGCCGAAGUGGCCAUUCACCGCAUUCGGAUCACUCUGACCAGCCGUAACGUCAAGUCGCUGGAGAAGGUGUGCGCGGACCUGAUCCGUGGCGCCAAGGAGAAGAGUCUGAAGGUGAAGGGACCUGUUCGUAUGCCAACUAAGACCCUGCGCAUCACUACCCGCAAGACUCCCUGUGGUGAGGGUUCCAAGACUUGGGAUAGAUUCCAGAUGCGCAUCCACAAGCGUCUGAUUGACCUGCACAGUCCAUCUGAGAUUGUUAAGCAGAUCACCAGCAUCAGCAUUGAGCCUGGUGUAGAGGUUGAGGUCACAAUUGCUGACGCAUAAGCAGGACCUACAGUCAAACAUCAAUAAAUGAAGAGGGG